AUGGGGUGUUGCUUCAGCUCCGACUACGCAGGACAAAAUGGACUACCAUUUGUGAAGGUUGGGGAAAGCACACCCACGGCAACGACGGAGAAUAAGGGAGUCAAUCAUGUGUUCACUAGCACCGCAUCUACUCCAAAUGUGUCUGCCGGGUCAACAUCGAGUAGGAAAAUUGCUGUUGCUAUAUAUGAUUACGCCCCUCCUGAAGAAGGACUAUAUUUGGGCAUCGUGAAAGGGGAGAAAUUGGAGGUCAUCGAAGCUCAUUUGAAUUUGUGCACAGAAGGAAUGAACAAGAGCCAAGUGAUCAAAAAACUGGAAACUGGGUACAGGAUGCCCAAACCGGUGAAUGUCACGUUUCCUGAUUCUCUUUACAAAUCUCUCGUGUUACCAUGCUGGGACUCGGACCCUGAUCGACGCCCGACGUUCCAGUACGCUCACAAUUAUUUGGACGAGUUUAUGGUUUCAUCUGAAUCUUGGCCAAAUCGUCGACCGAUGAUUUGAACUUGAUUUUGCUCCAAAGAAUUUUUUUACUGCAAGUGCAUUAGUUGACUUAGUGUACCUCAACUAGGACGACGAUUCCGCAAGGGUUUAAAGAAAAAGAGAAACGUUCGCCAGCUGCCUUCCAUGGGAUUGUGACAACCGUUGUUUGCUUCUUUUUCUUGAGGCAGUUGGAACAUUUUGCAUGUUUUGAGAAGAACCCUGUCGUGAUAGUGAGGUAAUCCUUCCUCGCGAUGCGUUGAAUGUUGGAACAUUCUUGUACAAGAAUGAAGGAACGACGGAUCGUUCGUGAUUCUCUCCUGAAUUCCAGUUUAUUUAGUGAAUCUAUGAUACAUUCCAACACUACCAAAAAGUUUUGGAAAUUUAGCACAAGUACGGCUACUUUUGUUAAAACUAAUGUCGACUUUUGAGAAACGCAGAAGAAUUUGAACUGACAUACUUAACCUUCACCCAUUCGGGGUUCGAAUCGUGAUAAGUUUUGCAUUGGAAGUGUUCAAAUGUUUUUCACCCAAGUAUCUUUCGUAUCCGGAAUGAAGUCCCGCAAGUCUUGUAGCGACGAUUCAAAGGAAAAUCAAAUAUCCUUGGAGCAUAUAAUUAAUUAUCCUUCCGUUUUCAUUUUCGACGUGAGCUUCGAAUGUAGGUUGCGUAAGAGUCAAGAAUCGGAAGAAAAAGGUUGGGUGAUAUUUAAGCGAUACGAGUUUCAUAGUUUUUGAUCUCCUCUUCCACAAACGAACAGAGGUUUUGCUAGUGGUGAAGGAUUUGCCUUUCACGGGUGAUUAGCCCCUACAAGUCACUGAGCUCUCAAUAGUGGUUCGGGUGUAUAUUUUAUGGUGGUUUUACAGGGCAAUAAGUUGUGAGAAUUCUUCUCGUUCAAGUUGCGAAUCUUGAGCAAAAUUCAUUUCAAUUGUUCGCGGUAUGUUCAUGCUGUUCAGGUCGAAGUCAUGACCGCGUUGAGAAAUAUAUCUUUUUGUUUCCGCCUGA